UAUCGUUCUGGCGAGGAACGUUGUAGACAUCUGAGAAAACGAUUCGACUAAUGCGCUUUCCACUACUUAUUUUUAAUUUUAAUUUCAGUUUAUGAUUUAUUUCUUAUGCGGUUUCAGGGGGAUAACACUUUUUUCUUUUCUUGUCUUUUUUUUAACUACUGGACAUAUCUGCCUUAAACACCGAAGGACGGACCGACAGCCGUGUUAUGAUCGUGUUUUGCUCAUAGAGAAGGUGCAGCCCUCACAGAGAUGACUACAUCACUGUUGCUCCACAGGACAGUCUUGCUGACUGUAGUCUUCUGUAACUUGCUUUGCAUCGCUUCCUCCCUCAACCUGGAGGAUCCCAAUGUCUGCAGCCACUGGGAGAGUUACUCUGUGACAGUGCAGGAGUCAUAUGCCCAUUCUUUUGAUCAGAUUUAUUACACCAGCUGCACUGACAUCCUCAACUGGUUUAAGUGCACCAGACACAGGAUGAGCUAUAAAACAGCAUAUCGUAGUGGGAACAAGACCAUGUACCGGAGGAAGUCUCAGUGCUGCCCAGGCUUCUAUGAGAAAGGAGAGAUCUGUGCUCCUCAUUGUACAGAGAGCUGUAUUCAUGGUCGUUGUAUGGCACCCAACACCUGCCAGUGUGAGCCAGGCUGGGGGGGCUCCAAUUGCUCGAGUGCUUGUGACAGUGAUCACUGGGGUUCCCACUGCAGUAACAGAUGUCAGUGCCAGAAUGGAGCUCUGUGUAACCCUAUCACUGGAGCUUGUAUCUGCAGUCCUGGAUACAGAGGUUGGCGCUGUGAGGCGUCGUGUGAAGUAGGCACCUAUGGGAAUGGAUGCCAGCAGAAAUGCCAAUGCCAGAAUGGUGCUGCCUGUCAUCAUGUGACCGGAGAAUGCAAGUGCCCACCAGGAUACACUGGUGCUUUGUGUGAAGAACUCUGUCCACCAGGUAAACAUGGGCAGCAAUGUGAAGAGAGAUGUCCAUGUCAGAAUGGAGGAGUGUGUCACCAUGUAACCGGAGAGUGCUCCUGUCCAGCAGGAUGGAUGGGAACAGUUUGUGGUCAGCCAUGUCCAGAAGGGAGAUUUGGAAAAAACUGUUCCCAGGAAUGUCAGUGUCACAACAAUGGCGUUUGUGUGUCAUCUACUGGACAGUGCGUCUGUAGCCCUGGAUACACAGGAGAACGGUGCCAGGAUGAGUGUCCACUCGGUACUUAUGGUGCUGGCUGUGCAAAGAUAUGUAAUUGUAAAAACAACGGCAAGUGCUACCACAGCAAUGGAAUGUGUCUUUGUGAGCCAGGAUACACAGGAAAGACAUGUGAUGUCCGACUGUGUCCUGAAGGAAUCUACGGCCUGCGUUGCGAUAGGAAAUGUCCGUGCUAUGUCCAGAACACUCAUGGCUGCCACCCAAUAUCAGGGGAGUGCACAUGUUUGCCUGGUUGGUCAGGUCUCUACUGCAAUGAGACGUGCACUCCAGGAUUUUAUGGCGAGUCCUGUCAGCAGGUGUGCCAGUGCCAGAAUGGUGCUGAUUGCCACAGUGUGACUGGAGAGUGUAUCUGUGCUCCAGGCUUCACGGGUCCCGUAUGUUCAGUCCCAUGCCCAGCAGGAACAUUUGGUGUGAACUGCUCCUCCAGCUGUAACUGUAAGAACAAAGCUAAGUGUUCCCCCAUAGAUGGAUCCUGUUCCUGUAAACCAGGGUGGCAUGGGUUAGAUUGCUCCAUCAACUGUCCCAGUGGCACCUGGGGUUUGGGAUGUGAUUCCACAUGCAUGUGUGGGAACGGAGGAGCAUGCAACCCACUGGAUGGUCACUGUACCUGUGCUCCGGGCUGGAGAGGAGAGAGAUGUGAACUCCACUGUCAGGAUGGUACCUAUGGUCUGGAUUGUAAAGAACGCUGUGACUGCAAUCAUGCUGAUGGAUGUCAUCACGCUACUGGUCACUGUCGCUGUUUGGCUGGAUGGACGGGUAUCCACUGUGACAGUGUGUGUGCAGAGGGCCACUGGGGUCCAAACUGCUCCCUCCCCUGUAACUGUAAGAAUGGAGCAUCCUGCUCUCCAGAUGAAGGAACCUGUGAGUGUGCUCCAGGAUACAGAGGCCCAACCUGUCAGAGAAUCUGCUCGCCAGGUUAUUUUGGUCAUCACUGCAGUCAGACCUGUCCACAAUGUGUCCAUAGUAAUGGACCAUGUCACCACAUCACAGGACAGUGUGACUGUCUCCCAGGCUUCAAGGGAGCACUGUGUAAUGAGGUGUGUCCCAGCGGUCAUUUUGGGAAGAAGUGUGCCCAGAGCUGCAGCUGCACAAACAAUGGAACCUGUCGUCCUAUUGAUGGCUCCUGUCAGUGUUAUCCAGGAUGGAUUGGCAGUGACUGCUCUCAAUCUUGUCCACCUGGUCACUGGGGACCCAACUGCAUCCAUACAUGUAACUGCCACAAUGGAGCAUACUGCAGCGCUUAUGAUGGAGAAUGCAAGUGCAGCCCAGGAUGGACUGGCCUCUACUGCACACAGCGCUGUCCGUUGGGUUUCUUUGGGAAGGACUGUUCUCAGACUUGUCGAUGUAGGAAUGGAGCCGACUGUGACCACAUUUCUGGACAGUGCACAUGUCGAACUGGUUUCAUGGGGAAAUACUGUGAUCAAAAGUGUCCUCCUGGUUUAUAUGGUUAUGGUUGCCAUCAGGUCUGUGACUGUCUAAAUAACUCCACUUGUGAUCACAUGACUGGUUCGUGUUACUGCAAUUCAGGUUGGAAGGGAGCUCGAUGUGACCAAGCUGGUGUGAUUGUGGUGGGCAGCCUCAACACUUUGACUAGUGCAGCGAUGCAUGUAGACACUUACCAGAUUGGAGCCAUUGCGGGAAUCAUUAUCCUUGUGCUGCUUGUGCUCUUCCUUCUGCUCCUCUUCAUUAUCUUCAGGAAAAAGCAGAAGGGCAAAGAGCCCACCAUGCCAUCUGUGACUUACACUCCUGCUGUGAGUGUUGCUGCUGAUUACAAUAUAACAGGUGUUCAUCCAGCAACAUGUGAGCCCCAUCUAAGCAAUUAUUUCUCCAACCCUAGUUACCAUACUCUGACCCAGUGCAUCAGCCCCCAGCGUGGUCCAAAUGGAAAGGUCAAGAACAACCAGGUUUUUGUAAACGUUAAAAAUAUGGAUCAGAGAAAAUGUGCUCUUCUUGUUGAUCAUACUGGCACACUACAUGCAGAGUGGAAACAUGGGGACUGCUUAAAUCAACUGGGAGCCUGUGGAGGUGAUAGAAGUUACAUGGAGAAAUCUUUAAGAGAUCUGAUGAAGGGCACACCCUAUCAUGCCAGCUCCUGUUCGCUCAGCAGCUCUGAAAACCCAUAUGCCACAAUAAAGGAUCCUCCCAUGCUGAUAACCAAAAACACAGAAUGUGGCUAUGUGGAAAUGAAAUCACCAGCUAGGCGGGAUUCACCAUAUGCUGAGAUUAGCAACAGAAGCCCAACCAAUAACCAGAAUGUCUAUGAAAUUGAUUCAACGGUAAGCACCAUCCAGUCCACAAGAGAUAGCAGUGGCCAUGUGAAGUUCGGGCAGGAUCCAUAUGAUUUACCAAGAAACAGCCACAUCCCCUGCCAUUACGAUAUCCUGCCAUCCAGAGAGAGUCCUUCCUCAGAGCUCAACAAGCUGGACAGUGAAUAAUCCCACAGAAACUCUGAACCAAAAUUAGGCCUUUCCACAAGGCUAUAGCUUCAGCACUGUGUCUUCUACAAACUGGCACACUUUGUACUCAUAAAAUGCUAGUCCUUAUGUGUUAUUUUACAAUAUUAUUAUAACUAUGCAUUAUGACUACAAGUUGGAUAUAUACAAUUGUGGUCAAAAGUUUCACUCGUCAUUGUAAUUAUGGUCUUUUAAUUAUUUCUUUGAGCUAUCCUUUUCAAGGGUAAAAUUGUCAUACAGCAUAAAUCUUUAAUGACUUUAAAAACAAGAUGUUGGUGCACAAGUUUGUAUUUAUUUGGAAUUUUCUCAGAUUCACACAAGGUCAAAAUUAUACAUACAGGAUCAAAUAUAUAAACCUCCUUACCAAGUAACACCUUGACCAUUUAAAUUGGUUGGUUUCCUGGUACAGAACUGGCUUUUAUGUUUAGUCCACUGUUUUCAAUAGGGUUGAGUUUGGGGCUUUGAAAAGAUCAUUCCAGAAGCUUUGAUGGAGUUCUGAAGCGGUUUUGUUUGGGAUCAUUGUCUUGCUGACAUACCCAGUGGAAUGUUGUGAGGGCGAUAGCUGAAGCAAAAACUCACGAGUGGGAGCAGUUUGGUCAGGCCACAGAAACAGACUUUCCAUCAGCAUUUUUGGGAAACCGCCAGUUGGGGAAAGUUUUACUUUACUCAUAUUAGUAUAGUGUGGGUGGGUUGACUUCAACAGGUUACGUGACAUAGUCGGGUGGUAAGAUACCUUCCUUGGUGGCCAGACCGCCAGGAUGGAUGAGGUUUGCAGUGAGUUCUUAAAGGCCCUGGGUAUGGUAGGGUUGUCCUGGUUGACUUGCCUCUGCAAUGUUGCAUCGAGAUCUGGGGUGGACUGACAGACCCAUGGUGGCCCCCACGUUUAAGAAGGGAGACUGGAGAAUGUGCUCCAACGGAAGAUCUAUGGCAGGGUACUGGAGAGGAGUGUCUAUAAACUAAAUCUUGGAUGCAGGAGGGAAAGUGAGGUUUUUGUCCUGGUCAUGGAAUGCUGAACCAGGAGUUUGCCUAACCAUUUUACGUGUGUUUUGAGGACUUGGAGAAAGCAUUUCACAGUAUCCCUCAGAAUGUUCUGUGGCGGGUGCUUUGGGAGUAUGGGGUAUACAAGGGGAGGGGAGAAGCUGGUCUGGGAACGCCUCAGUGUUCCCCUGGAUAAGCUGAAGGAGUUGACUGAGAAGAUGGAGGCAUCCUUGCUAGGGCUGCUACCUCCACAAUCCUAGAUAGCACUAGAUAAGGGGAGAUGUGGAUAGUGACACUAAUAUUCCAGCUGUUUCCAGUUUAUGGCAGGUUUGUGUUUGGUGGCUCCUGAGUUUUUCAUGAACAUUCUAACCAAUUUCAUUUCCUCUGAGGAUGACAACUUGGGUCUUUGGUGGUUACACAUCGAAAUGAUUUGAAUUUACCUAUUGUUGUUUGAAGCAAUAAUCUUGAAACCUACAGUUAUUCAAAAAUAACUCCAAAGGUCUUUCCAACUUGUGUAAAUCUACAUUUCUCCUCCUUAGAUAUUGAAUACGUUUAUUGGUUUUCCCCAUUUGUCUCAGUAUUUUGUAGCCCAAUGAGUACAAAUUCUUUUUGCGCUAUCAAAGAUAAAUUACCUGUUGUAGGUCAAUUAUGAUGACCAACAAGAAUUUAAUUGGCCUUUGACUUGCCAAUUUAAAAAAGCAUUGUAGAACCUUCAGCACCACUUUUGUAGUUUGUAUGGUACCUGCAUGCGUGUAUGCAUGCCAGACAAUGUGGAGGCACGCUCCUAAUGAGACAGCAGAUGGUGUUCUGAGGAACCUCUUCCUGCAACUUGGUAACAGGGAAUAGACUGAAACAUAUUGUCCAAAAGGUUUUAUAUUGGACGUACGUCAAGCAAGCAUGGGGGCUUGUCACUGGUAUCAAUUCUUCCAUCCUCCAGGAACUGCCUGCAUACUCGCACCAAAAUGAGGCUGGGGAUUGUUGUUAGAAAAGGGGGCACACAGGGGUCCUACAUUGCAACAGUGCAGGGUUGGACAAUGGAUCCCAAGAUUUCACCUUAAUACCUAAUGGCAGUCAUGGUGCUGUUGCCUAGCCUGCAGAGGUCUGCGCAUCCCUCCAGGGAUAUGACUCCUUAAUACAAGCACUGACACACACCCCAGUGUUACAGGUAGCAGCAUAAUGUUCACAUCUACUCAGGGUGAACCUGCUCUCCUCUGUUGGAGUUGGUCUACCUGUAUAAACUCUGUAGGGUUCAAAUAUCACCUCAUGCGACCAAUAAUGACACGAACCACAGCCAAAUGCAAAGCUAGGGAAAAAACAGUCAAAAGUUAAAAAAAGAUCUGUGGCCUCCACCUGUAAAACCAUUCCUGUUUUGAGGUUUCAAUGUUGUCUUUCUAGUGCACCUGAAACCGAUUAACAACUCCCUCUGCUACUUCAGUGACCGGAUCAAUAUACGAUAUACGAUAUACAAUAUGUGAUUUACAAUAUAAGUGGAAAUGAUGUGUUGCUAUACUCUCAAGUGUUCCUUUAUUUUUUUUUCGCAGUGCAUUUCAGCCUAUAUGUAUAAUUUAAUCCUGUGUGGAUUAGAGAAAUCCAAAAUAAAUUCUUUGAGGGUUUUUCUAUUCAUUAAAGAUGUAUGCUGUGUAAUCAUUUCACCCUGGAAGAUUCGUUUAAAGAAAUUAAAAGCACAAAAUUACCAUGACAUUCAUGGCAAUGAUAAGUGCAUGUAAAUUUCUGGCCUCAACUGUGGGCUUGGAGGUUGGUUUUCAGGCUUUUAUGCAGCUGUUGCUGUAACAGCCAGUGACCUGCCAUCAUUUUAAUUAACAUAGGCCUUCCCAUAACUUUCAAAAUCCGAUGUUCACAAUCCCAAACAAUUCCAGGGUACGCUUUGUUUUAAGCUUACUGAAGUGGCUGAGGUGUAGCUCAGGAGGUAGAGCAGGUCACCUGCUGACCAGACGGUUAGUGAUUCGAUCCUUGGCUCCUCCAGUCCGUGGGAGUAUGAACGUGUUUGAAAGUGAUUAGGAAGCAGUAUAAGUAUAGAAGGAGGUGUUUGUGGCAUGUUGUAUUGAGUGCUUUGAGUUCUCCAGGAUAGUAGAAAAGCACUCUAUAAGAAUCAAUCCAUUUACUAUUACACGUUGCAUAUAACAUGCAAUACCCAUCAAUUCUUUUAUUUUAUUGCAACAGAAUUGUAUAUGGGUUAUUUGAUUGAGUUUAAGCAAUUUUCUGAAAGAUUACAUGAUUGGUUUUAAGAUGGAAUGUUGAAGAUUAUGGCAGCUGAAAAUGUAUUUGAUGUUUUUAUAUAGUAAUCACUAGGUAUGGGAAUGGAAAACUGGUUCUUGUAGAGAACCUGUUCCAGUAGUCCAAUUCCUUAGAAUUGUUAGUCUGCCUGUCCACCGAUCUCACUUACCGGUUCCAGUUGCACUUGCACUACAAUCAGCUGAUUUCAGUUUGUGUGUCAGACAAGGAAAAUAGCAGCACAGUCUACAGCAUGGAUGUGGACAUUUAUUUUUAUUGCACAAAAGGACGAGAGUGUGAUGGUAACCUUAAAACUAUAUGCAAGACAAAAACAACCACAGUAUGAUGCUAACACAACUUCGGCCUGCACAAAAAGAUCUGCAUGGACAGCAUGCUAAUGCUAAGCUAGCCAAGAACCAAGAGUGAUUGCCGACCCCGGCCCAACACCAAGACCCUGAACAUCAACAGCUAACACACAAAUGAGCAGUCAGGUUGCAGUCUCCGUUUCUACCUGUUCAUGUUUGAAUCACCGUGGUGAUUACUUUAAAGUCUCUUUAUGCUGGUUUUCAUCUUUGCUUUGUAUUCAUACCUAAAUACUAAGAGAAAGAUCAUAUGUGCGUCCUCAUUAGAACAUGUAUUUGUGUUGCUGUGUUGAGUUGUAGUCUCAGGUUUAUCUUGUUAAAUGGUAAUUAUGAGAGCGUGUGUUUCAGCUAUUUUAAAGAGAAAGUAAUGUAAUGAGUGGUACAAUUAAUUACUUUUUCCUGGGAGUAAUUAAGUAAUGUACAGCAUUACUUUUAAAAGUGUGAAAAGUGUUUGAGUAAUAUGUGUAAUAAUUACUUUUUCCGAGUAACGACCCUAAUACUGAGCUGGGAAAGGCUCCAGAUCCCCCUGUGUGACCCUGACAAGAAUAAGUGGAAGAGAAUGGAUGGAUGGAUGGAUGGAUGGAUGGAUGGAUGGAUAGAUGGAUGGAUGCGAUCCCAAUACUAAUCACAAAAAUCUCCAACAUGCACAAACAUUUGCAGCAUGCACACACUGUGUGGUAAAUAAUGCAUGAGAUGUGAUAUAUUUUUAUAUGUUAGCAAUGGUGGUGACUCUCAAAGCAGAGCCAAUGAAAACAUAUUGAUACGUUUUGAACUUAUUGAACUGAUAAGGAAUUGAAUCGAUAAGUGUUAUCGAUAAUGAGACAGGGAUCACUAAAUUCUCAGCAUUCCUAUCCCUAGUAAUUAUAGCAAAUGCAGUCAGUGUUGUAUUAGUACACAAGUAAACCAAAGUGCCAUUUAAAAAAAAAAUUGUUUUUUUGUUUGCUUGUUUGUUUGUUAUUUUUUUGUACAUAACACAUGAAGUUUUGAGAUUCUCAUUCUAACAAUGUUUUGAAUACUAUGAUUUUCAGUAAUUUACCACUAAUUAUAGGAUAUUUUCUUUAUGGUGAUUAAAUACAGCAUGUAGGAAAAGGUGAUUGCAUUGCAUUUAAUUUCAAAUUGUUAUGAUUCAUUUGUGAUUAUUCUACUUCAUAAAUACUAUCAGUUAUACAUAUUGCACAGUAGUCACUUUCAUUACCCUGUGGCCCCUGUUGUCAUUUACAACUUUUCUGAGCUAGAUACAUGGCUAUUCUAGCUGUUAUACAUAAUUUUAUUUUAAAAAGUAACUUGUUACCCACCCUGCUGCUUCAGGGUCCAUGUUCAUUGUGAUGUUUUCGGUUGCUUUUAGCAUGUGAUGUUUAGAUAGCUCAGCGAUAAUAUGAUUGAUUUUGAAUGUGUAACAACCUUCUUAAGCCUGACACUUCAUAAUUUUUUGCAUUUGUACACAUAACCAUGAUUCUCAUUGUAAGAAAAUGUAAAUACAGGAAAUUAUUAUUCCAACACUACAGGCUUGAGUGAAAACCCUGUUUUUAGCUGGUAUGCAUCUUGAUUUGAAAGUCUGGGUCAGCUCAGCUGGUUCCUCAAUAACCUUGAUCUGAAAAGACUAGAUAUGCCAAAACAAAUGUGAUUUAUUUUUUAUCAGCCUUUCUGCUAUUUCAUGUUGUGGGGAAAUAAAUGAAACCCAUUAAAGGGAGUCAUACCAUUGGCCCAUCACAUGACACAUGACCAAAAUGGUUUGCUGUGUUAACUUUAUUAUGCUGUAAAAUAAACCCAUUGUUCUCAUAUAA